ACUAUAGUUUUGGGUAUGUACUUUUUAAUCAAAGGAAAGAAAUAAAAUACUGAUUCACAUUUUCAACCAUUCCACCGGAACAAAACACAAUCAAAGCGGUUCUCUUUCAAGUCAUUCCGCCCGCUGCCGCCGCCAGUGUCCUGUCCUUUCCGCCUGCUGCCGCCACCAGGGCCGUGUCCUCUCCGCAUACUGCCGUUGCUGCAGCCCGUGGGUUGAUCCGUUUCCUUUUCUCUCUAGAAGUGGGGUUAGAAAAGUUGAUCGCAGAAGAAUCGGAACAAGGAGAUGAAAAAUGUGUAAUAAAUCUGCCAGACAUUCCUGGUGAGGCCAAAACAUUUGAACCGCUGACAAUUUCUUCUAAGCAGUAGUGGAAGUUGAAGAAGAAUAAUAGAAUAUGGAGGAUAAAGGUCUAAUUGCAGAGAAUGAAAAGAAAGAGGGGCAGCAGCAGCCAAGUGUUGAGGCUAAAAAGAAGCGCAAGGGUCUUAUGUCCCGAAUAUGGAAUGGCAUUUUUAGACACAACGGUGACGAUUUUGAGAAGAGGCUGCAAUACAUUUCUAAGGAGGAAUCUGCUAUUUUAACUAGGAUGAAAAAGAGAGCCCUUACUUGGAGGAAGAUGACUAGACAUCUUAUUAUCUUCUGUGUCAUUUUUGAGGUAAUUGCUAUAGGUUAUGCCAUUAUGACAACAAGAUCAAUGGAUUUAGAUUGGAAAAUGAGGGCUUUUCGAGUUUUGCCAAUAUUUCUUCUGCCUGCUUUAUCAUCUAUUGCUUAUUCAGCAUUUGUAAGCUUCACAAAGAUGUGUGAUCGCAAAGACCUAAAAACUCUAGAGAGGCUUCGUGCUGAACGACAAGCCAAGAUUGACGAACUUAAAGAGAGAACAAAUUACUACUCUACUCAGCAACUCAUUCAGAGAUAUGAUCCUGAUCCAGCUGCAAAGGCAGCUGCUGCAACUGUCCUUGCGUCCAAGUUGGGUGCAGAUUCUGGCUUGAAAGUUGUUUUGGGAGAUGAACCAAAGCAUAGUAUUCCAACAGGAAAGAGUAACGACGUUGAGAUUGCACAAGCAAGGGGUCUUCGAAAUAGAAAGAAAAUGCACAGUAAAUCCAAUAGUGCAGGGAAUUCACCAGUACAUAAUUCGAGUGAAGAAUUGCUACAAAGUGAAGGCCUCCAAACUUCUGAGCAUAAUCAGCUCAUUGUUGAGCAUCACAAUCCACAGGCUUCUGCUAUGCAAGACGGGGGUUGGAUUGCUCGAUUAGCAGCAUUACUUGUGGGCGAGGAUCCUACGCAAUCUUAUGCUUUAAUUUGUGGCAACUGCCAUAUGCACAAUGGGCUUGCCAGAAAGGAGGACUUUCCGUAUAUUACUUACUACUGUCCACACUGUCAUGCCCUGAAUCAGCCAAAACAAUCAGAAGAUGUUUCUGCUUCUCUCAAUUUGGGUGCUUUAAAAGCUGUCGGAAAUUCUGAAGUGGUCAAUAAUACCGUUAAUCUCCCAAGUAGCAGCCCAUCUUCAGCUGCUUCGGAGAUUGAGGAAGUAAAUGAAACGAUAGCAUCCGGGGAUUUGUCCAAUUAAAAUUUUAGCUAUCUUUUGCUGCGUGUAUGGUUUGGCUGCUUGAUAUUUUCGUAUGAUGGCGAGAAAUGCUCGAGAUGUGCUGGUGAUUUCUUUUUGUACUUUACUACAUAUAUAGAUCAUGGCUGAAAUGUAAUAGAGGAAAUUCUUUACUUUUUUUUUAGUUAUGGAUAGCUCAAAGUUGAAACCCUAUUUGGUAUAAUUUUUGCUUCGGUUGGGGUGUGGUAUGGUGGUGCUGAUAAAUGUUUGGUGCAAACAGUGAUUGGGGAAAGCUGAGAUCAAUAGUGAUAUUUUUGUUUUAAUAUAUUUGAAAUUAUUAUUUUUCAGGACCCAUCAAAAUUUGCUUUUA